AUGAAGGUCUAUGGCAAGCGUAGUGGAUCAUUAGGGAUUUAUGCCAGUCAGAAUAAUUCAUCUGAGGUGGAAUUAAGUGACUAUGAGUCCGAACCAGAACCCAUAUUGGAGAGUAACGAACGUGAAACUGUGAUUGAUAACUCUACAGAUGACAUUCGCCCUAUGACAAGUGAUUCAAAAAUGAAUCCAAGUGUGGAUUCAAGUUUAGUUUCAAGUGUAGGUUCGAAUGUGUCCAAUUUGAAGGCUUUUGACUUCCUGGAUAAGGCUCAGGCACCUAAGAAGAGAAGAAGGAUUUACCACGAGGAUCACUCAGAUGAUACGCAGGACAAGAAAGACACUAAUGUAGACGAAAACCCCUUAAACAGGACAAUUAAUGACCUAAACACAUUUGUAUCCUCUUUGAAGAGUAGUGAUGAGACGCUAUUACAAGAUACGUUUAAGAAAGAGUUGGAAAAGUCAGUAGAGGAUGGUACCUCGAAGAACACUUCUGGGAAAUUGACCUACGAUCGUUCUCGAACUAUGCUAAUGAGCAAAGAUGAAGAAGAAGGUUUGGAAGCAGAAGAUGAGGAGCCAAAACCGACCGAAGAUGGUGAUACGAAGGAUGGAGACGAUAGUCAAACAUAUCACAUCAACGAAUUGAAAAAUAUGGGGGAUAUGUUACAGUACCAAGAUGACUUAGAAUUGUUAUUAGAAGGGACACCGUCACGAAUGUCACGGUCUCAGUUCGUUUCGCAUCUUUUAAAUAUUGCAUUAGCAAUGAACGGUGAUCAAGAGUUUUGCCGCUAUGUGAACAAACGACAAGCACGAGACAUGUGGAGAAGAACUUUCCACCAAAUGGAUUUUCAUGAUGAUGUCUUGUUGUUAAUACAGGGGUUUCUUGCGACUAAAUUCCAACUGCCGCCAAACGAACUGCCGAAAUUCUUCAAUGAAUUUAUACAGGCACUUUACAAACGGAAUCGAUUACCUAUUAAUGGGUUAUCUGGUAACAAGAUUGCACAAUUGAAUUACAACGAUUUUUUGCAUAAUACUCAAGAUAGAACGGGUCAGGAGUAUGUGUUGGAACUGUGCGUUCAAUAUCCUGGGGUAAUACUUUCGUGUGCUCCGCUGGUUAAUCGGAUCGUACAAACUCUUGUGGCAAGUGAGGCUUUGCCACGUGGAAUUUUCCCUGUAGUAGAGAAAUUAGCCUCUAGUGGAAAUACUGCUGAAGAUGCUAAUCUGUUGUCAGUUGUUUCCAACAAAUUAAUAGAUCUGCUACCGAAUAAUUGCCAAGAUGACCAUCUAAUCAAAUCAUUGAUUUUAUUCACUAAUGAAGAAACUUUGGAAAGGAAUAGCGAAGUUUUUCAUACCUGUAUGAAGUUUGUUCUUGAUCAUUUGCCGCCAUUAGGAUCUACAGAUAUUCUUAUUCUCCAUCUUGGUCUAUGUUUGAACGUUAUUAGUGGUGAAAGUGGAAUAUCACACUUAGAAAAUGCAUUAUGGCUACAGGCACAAACUUUCUUCCAUAAAUUAGAGUCCAAUGACGACGACUCGUUUUUGCUUAACAUGUUUUAUUUGAAUUUUGCCUAUAUGACUGUUUUGUUAAACAAAAGGUUGCCGACUAAAGUGAAAACAGGUUUAAUUUCACAUUUAGAGCUUUUUGCCCAGGAAUCCCAGCAUUAUAAUGGAAGUAUCUCAGAUAAGAUCAAAUACGUCACAGAUAAAUUAUAA